AUGUUGCGGUCAGUAAUGUCCACUUUGGUGCUUUUGGCUCUGGGAUCCCAGGACAGGACAGCUGAUGCUUAUGACUAUAAUAAAUACCACAGCAUGGAUGAGAUUUCGGCCUGGAUGAAUCAGAUUGAGAGAGAAAAUUCAGACGUUGUGUCCAGCAUGAUAUACGGACAGACUUAUGAGGAGAGGAACAUCACAUUAUUGAAGAUUGGCUUUAAGAGCACCAUGGAAAAGAAGGCGGUUUGGAUAGACUGUGGAAUCCAUGCCAGAGAAUGGAUAGCUCCAGCUUUCUGCCAGCAUUUUGUCAAAGAGAUCCUGGACUCCUACGAAACAGACUCCAAUAUGAACAUGUUGUUUAAAAAUCUGGACUUUUACAUCACUCCCGUCCUGAACAUGGAUGGAUAUAUUUAUUCCUGGAUGGACAACACAACUCGACUGUGGAGGAAGUCAAGAUCACCAGGAACUAAGGACUGCGCAUGUUUCGGCACAGAUCUCAACCGCAACUUUUACGCAAACUGGGGGAUGGUCGGAAUCUCCAGGAACUGCUGUUCAGAGGUGUAUAACGGUCAUACUGCUCUAUCUGAGCCAGAGGCCCAAGCCGUCACUGACUUUUUAGGCAAACAUCAAAACAACAUUCUCUGCUAUCUCACCAUCCACUCAUACGGCCAGCUCAUCCUCGUCCCGUACGGACACCCCAACAUCUCAGCACCCAAUUACAAUGAACUGAUGGAAGUAGGUCUUGCUGCAGCGAAAGCCAUCAAAGCAGUUCAUGGGAAGGACUACAAAGUGGGCAGCUCUCCUGAUGUACUGUACCCAAAUUCUGGCUCAUCUCGUGAUUUUGCGCGGCUCAUUGGGAUCCCCUACUCCUUUACCUUUGAGUUACGGGACAACGGAACGUACGGUUUUACUCUACCUGAGGAUCAAAUCCAGCCCACGUGUCAAGAAGCGUACCAGGGUGCAAUGUCCAUCAUUAAUCAUGUCCAUGAUAAGACUUUUAGGAGUGCAGCGAUUAUGGUAACUGCCACAUUGUGGACAACACUGACAGCUUUAUGGAUCUCAAGCACUAACGUGUUUUAG